GCUGACUGCCGUAAAUAGUAAUUUCAUGUAGUGUCAAAAUCUCAAAAAUACACUUAUUCUUUAUCAAUUUAAUUUUUUUUAAUCCAUAUAUGAAGUAGAACAAUGCUAAAUCUUUAGUAUAGCCGUCAAAAAAUUAUUUACAUACUGUCUAUCUUUACUUUAUCUUACUCAUAAUGGCAAGGUCGCCUAAGAAUGAUCCACGAUUUAAUGACAAUACAUGGAAUUAUCACGCGGAAACCGGCGAGAAUUGUACACCUGGUGGUAUAAAUGAAUUAAAACAAGGACCCUUACCGCCUAAUGUCAGUGUAUUAUCAGAAAACAUCUACGGUAGAACGAAUUUCUCUAAUGAUGUUUAUAUUAACAAACCUUACAACAUGCAGACUGGUGAUAACGUUACUAAUAACGAUGAUAAUAUUCCCUACAACGCCAUGCCGAAUGUGAACCGUGUAAAUCGUCAAAAUUAUGGCAAUGCUAUGCUUAACUUAGGAAAUGGACAGGUUGUGAGAGUGUUUUAUGAUGAAAAUAACCAACAACUGAUAUUUCCUAUGUCGGGACAAUAUGAAUUGUUUAACGGUAAGCAAAACCUCUGUGAUGUUCCUUUGCAAACACAACCAUCUCAUCUUUUUACCUUGAAUCAAGAAUUCAGUGCGAAUAAUAAUGUUCAUAUGCAACCAUCGACUGCUACAGUCCAACCGAGUACAUAUAACCAGGAAAAUGUCAAUCAAACGUCUAAUAUACCGACUUCUAAUUUUUUAAAAGAAGUCUUAGGAAAUUGGGAACGAAACUCAUCUGGUACCUACUCACCGUUCGGUCAAAACUAUCCUCUCAAUCACCCUGAUGCGCCUACUAUUGUAAAGAAUAACCCAACGCUAGAACCAUCAGUAAUACCAAUUAAACCAGAAAACUUUCCCAAAAGGAACGAAAACAAUCCUCUGGCUGACACAAGUAAUAAAAAGCGCAUAGUUGUUGAAGUAAAGCCAAUGCGUCCGAGCUACUCAGAUGUGUUAGCUAAAAAUACAAAAAAUACACAACCAGAGGCAACAAAAAAGGUUAAACCACAAAACAAUCCUGAAAACAAAACACCAAAUAAACUAAAUCCAAAAUCUGAAAAAACUUCUUCAAACAUGAAACACAAUGAGGACAAUAAAGGUAAAAUUGAGAAGAAACCGAGUACCAAAUCCUCUGGUAGUGAAUCCGGUGAUGUAAACACAGAUGAGACAGAAAAACAUCAAAAGACAAACAAAAAGUCUAAAAAUAAAAGAAAUAAUAUGUCUCGUAAGUGGUCAUCAUUGGAUGAUAUAGCCAAUGAAGAAAAUGGGAGUUUCAAUCAGGAAAGUGAGAAUAACUUUGUUUUCAUAAUGAAUGAUUCUGAAAAGUCAACAAAGAAAGAACGGAAGCAAGAAAAGAAUAAAAAUGCAGAGAAAAGUUUUGAAAGUUACAAUGACAAUAAUGAAAAUGAAGAAUCACAGUCUCAAUUUGUAUUUCAAGAAGGCCAAAAUGAAUCAAGCAAGGCUAGGAAGAAAAAAGAGCCUCGGAGUCACCACAAACUAUCAAAGACUGUUGAGAAAAAGAAGGGUAAUCAAACAAAAUGUAGGAAAAAUAAACCUGGUUACAUGGGCUUGGUGCAGAACUAUCUUGAACAUUGGGGGGAAGCAUCGUGGAAGGCGCUGGUUUGGUUCUUUUAUCUGCUCUCUGAUAUCUGUCGUAUGAGUCUCCACCUAUCAUUUGACUUAUGUACAUCAGCUUUUACCCAAACCUAUGUCAGCUCACAAGCAGUGUGGCGUAGCAGCAAAGAUUGGCUCUCUAAGAUUGGUGAAAAUAAAUACUUAAUGUAUAUAGACAGAAAAUUUGGACACACAAGGUUUGGUUUCUGGAGGAAAUUGAAAUGGUUUAAAAAAGAAACUGAAUCUGACAACGGCAGUGACUCAUCAAAGCUGAACUCAAAUAUACCUUUGCCUGCAACUGGUGAGGAAGCUAUGAAACGCUUACUGGCUUGUAAAGGCAAGGAUCCUUAUAGUAUCUUAGGUGUAAGUGUGACGUGCACAGAUGAAGAGAUAAAGCGUUACUACCGCAGACAAGCAUUCCUCGUCCAUCCGGAUAAGAACCAGCAACCCGGUGCAGAGGAGGCUUUCAAAAUACUGCAACAUGCCUUUGAUCUAAUCGGAGAACCGGAGCGUCGCGAGGCGUAUGAGCGGCGCGCGCGCGAGUCCCGGCACGCGGAGGCGGCGUGGGGCGAGCUCAGCGUGCUGCUGGCGCAGCUGCACGACAAGAUGGAGUUCGCCGCCAACACCAUCCGCUGCACCAACUGCGGCCGGCGCCACAAGCGCGUGCUCACGGCGCGGCCGUGCUUCGCCGCGCGCUACUGCGCGCAGUGCCGCAUACGACACUCCGCCAAGGAGGGUGAUAUCUGGGCGGAGUCGAGUAUGAUGGGGCUGCUAGUCAUGUAUUACGCGUGUAUGGACGGAGCGGUCUACCAGAUAACUCAGUGGGCGAGCUGUCAGAAGAAGAACCUGAAGCAACUGCGUCCCGACUGCCACGUGGUGCAGUACAGGAUCGUGCUGGGGAACAAGGCGUCGGCCACCGCGGACUUCAGUCAUCGAGCCUCGACCGGUCCCGAUCCCAAUCUUGAAGAAUUUCUCAACAAUCUCUACAGUAAGUCUGGCGUGUCACCAAAAUCUCAAUCGCCUUCCGAAGCAGCGGAUGCGAAAAAACGUCGGACUAAAAAACCUAAAGUUUAAUAUAAUCUGUACCU